CGUCUUAUCACUCUUAUUCCCGAAUCAAAAUUUCAAAAUUACACAAUGUGUUUUUACUUUUCAAAGUAAUUUCUGCAAUUUUUUUCUCCAAAAAAUUCUCUUAUAUCUUUUCAUUUGUAUAACAAUAGAAAUGCUGUCUUCUGUGUUAUUGAUUUUAAAUUUAUAAAACUUCACAUUGAAGUAUUACCUAAAUUUUCCUCUAAGAUUCGGCAUAAAUACAUCGCACCAUGAUUAUCCGCGGUUUUCGUAUCAAUUCGAUUGCAUUGAAACAAUUAAUCAGUAGACGUGCAAUUUUCACUAGUAACAGAUUACUCGACGAAUCUAGUUCCGAUGAGGAAAACGAUAAACCUAAGAGAAAACCAGACAAAGAUGAAGCUGUAAAAAAAUUAAACGACUUAAUUCUCUUGAUGGCGAAGAAAGAGCCGCCGUCCAAACUAGCUUCACAAGUGAAAAUUCCUAAACCGAGAGAAAACAGUAGAAAAAUAGGACUUGAAAUGAAGAAGCAAAAGGAACUUGAAGCCGAACAAAUGGAAAACGAGAAAUUAGGUAAUAAGCUGGCUGAUGCAGCUACUAAAGUAGCUGAAAGUUAUGGCGGAGAUACUAAAAAAACCGAGAUGGAACUAUUGGACCUUUAUUUUUCGCGUCGCGGAAAACCUUCCAGUACGGGAGAACAAUCUGAAUCAUCUUCUGAAAAAAAUUUGUUGAAUAAUAUGUUAUCGGAGAUGAAAGUUGAAGAAGAAAGUGAUUCAUCUCUCGAUAGAAGUGAACAGAUGUCGUCUCGAGCUCAUCAAGUCAGAUCAAUGGCAAAUGAAAACAAGCCGAGACAAUUCAGAUGGGGAACCCGUAAUGAGUCUUCGAAGAUAAAAGUUGAAGAAGAAAAUGAUUCAUCUCUCGAUAAAAGUGAACAAGAAAGUGAUCCAUCUCUCGAUGAAAGUAAACAAAUGCCGAUUCGAGCUCAUGCACUCAGAUCAAUGGCAAAUGAAAACAAGCCGAAAGAAUUCAGAAGGUUUACCAGAAAAGCAGAUCAGCCUAAAGCCAAUUUAUUCGGUGAACAACCAUUCAAAUAUUUCGACGUCGAUAAGAUUAAAGCUCAGAACGUAACACCGGUUUCAUUAACCACCUGGGAUUAUCUGUAUGAACGAGAUUUAAAACUACAUGUUACUCAUCCUCCUAAAAAUAUUUUUGAGCAGCUAAUUCAAUGGACCGAACAAGGAAAAGUUUGGCGAUUCCCUAUAGACAAUGAGCAAGAUUGGUUCGAGGAACAGAAAUACGAUUUCAGUGAUCAUGUAUUCCUUGAACGUUGGUUGGAACCGUGGUGUCCGGAAACAGGCCCUGUUCGUGAUUUUAUGCAAUUAGUAUGCUUAGGAUUAUCGAAAAAUCCAUAUUUGACUGUUCCUGAGAAACAGGCUCACAUAUUUUGGUACGAGCAUUAUUUCAGAAGUAAAAAGAAAUUGUUAAUCGACACUGGCUCCGGAGAAAUAAAAGAUCGACCACCAGUGGAAAGUAGAAGUACAUAAUUGUUUUAUUAUGUUGGAAUAAAUUUUGUCGUUUUAUUACUAGAA